UGCCUUUGCCAUACUUGUUGGCGUAACCCUAAUGAGCAUUGUAGCAAGGCACACAGAUCAAACUUUUACUCGCUUAGUGGUUGUACAGCCUCAAAAUGAACUGUUUUUUGUCUGGUUGGUAGUGAGUUAAUUUCCAUUUACUUCACUUAGGUGCCCCUGUCUGCGGUUGUGGUAGAAGAGGCCGGUGGUUGGAGCUGUCGACCCUCCUCCGUAGAGGUGCCUGUGCAAUAGUUCAGCCAUGGUCCGAGUCCGUAUCGAGUUCAGCGGCGGCCUGGAGCUCCUUUUCGGCAACCAAAAGGAGCAUGAUGUCGAUGUCCCUAUCCAGGCGGGACAGGGGUUGACGGCAGGGCAACUUAUAGCCUGGGCACGUGACAACAUGUUGAGAGAGCGACCUGAGCUCUUUGUGAAAGGCAGCUCUGUGCGUCCGGGGAUACUCGUCCUAAUCAACGAGUGCGACUGGGAGUUGAGUGGGGCUACCGAAUCUUUUAUAAACGACGGCGACCAUGUGGUGUUUAUAUCGACGUUGCAUGGUGGUUGAGCUGUCAGGAAAGCGUCUACCGCAAGUUCGGUCCAUUAGUACCUUUUAAUGAAAGAAUAGCUUGUCCAUGGAUGCGAUGAUUGCUAUGCUUGGAUUUUUGGUUCUGGAGCUGAGUCUGGUAAACCGAAGGCAUAUCGUGUAGGGCUUGUUGGGUAGAUAGGAACGUGAGCAUAUGAAAUUUCAAGUAAUACUUACCCAAAUGUGGCAGUGUACAUGACGUUAUUGUAAGAGACGGACGGAUUG